CCAACCCAACCCAACCCACUCUCUCUUUUCUCUCACACUUUCUCACCAAAAUUCACUCACCAACUCUCUCUGUUUUUCUCAUCACAUACAAUUUUCCUGAUCAAAGAUUUCCAAAAUUAAAUCAAGAUUUCAAUUCUUGUUCAAACCCCACAAAUUUUCCCACAAUAAAAAUCCCACCUUUACAACCCCAUGGGCAAUGUCGGAAGUAACAGUUCCACCGGCCGGAGAAGACAUUCCGGUCGCCGUGGCACUAAUCAAAACCACCCACCACCGCCACCUCCACAAUCAGAAAUCAACGCAAAUCGUUACGUUUUUGCCGCAGCUACACCAUACCCAUCAUCACAAUAUCCAAACCCUAAUAUCCCCAAUAAUUACAAUUACCCAGCCGGAGCUUACUACCCACCUCCGCCUACCGGACCUUUACCGGCGCCGUUCGAUCACCACCACCGUGUGCCGAUGGACCCAUCAGCCGCUCAGGCUUGGGUCGGUGGGAGAUACCCAUGUGGGCCAGUGAUGCCACCGCCAACACCUUAUGUUGAUCAUCAGAAAGCAGUGACAAUUAGAAAUGAUGUUAAUCUAAAAAAGGAAAGUUUAAAGAUUGAACCUGAUGAAUUAAACCCUGGAAAGUUUCUUGUUGUUUUCACCUUUGAUGCCACUGUUGCUGGCAGCAUGACUCUUUAUUUCUUUGCAAAAGAGGGGGAAGAUUGCAACAUGACUCCAACAAAAGAAGACGUUCUUCCACCGAUUACAGUGAGUUUCCAAGAAGGUUUGGGCCAGAAGUUCAGACAAGAAUCGGGUACUGGUAUUGACUUUUCAACGUUUGAUGAACCAGAAUUAUUGAAAGUGAGCGAAGCAGGUGUACAUCCUCUAGCAAUUAAAGCAGAAGCAAUUCCACCUGUAUCGGAAGAUGGGAACACUAUUCCUGGAGCUACUAAUUCCCAAAUAACACAGGCAAUUUUUGAGAAAGAAAAAGGCGAAUUUCAGGUAAGGGUGGUGAAACAGAUCCUGUGGGUGAACAAAAUGAGAUAUGAAUUACAAGAGAUUUACGGAAUUGGUAAUUCAGUUGAUGGUACAGAACUUGAUGCGAAUGAUCCUGGUAAAGAGUGUGUCAUUUGUUUAUCAGAACCUCGAGACACUACAGUCCUACCUUGCCGUCACAUGUGUAUGUGCAGUGGAUGUGCAAAAGUAUUGAGGUUUCAAACCAAUAGGUGUCCGAUAUGCAGGCAGCCGGUGGAGAGGCUUUUGGAGAUCAAGGUGAGCAACGGAGCUGAAGAGGAUCGAGAAUCGUCAUAAUUGUAAUAUGUUGUAAUGUUGUUUGCCUUAUUAAAAAAACAGUAAUGUGUACGUUUGAGUAAUUCAAGUAUGAUGCAGAGUUUUGAUUUUGAUUGA